CCUUUUCUAGGCUACCAAACAUGGCAACUCAACCAGCUAUAGCAGACAACAAAACUCUUGCAGGUUUCGAGCCUCCAAAGAAACCUAAAAGAAACAAGUUUGCUUUUGCUUGCGCCAUACUUGCUUCCUUAACUUCAAUCUUACUUGGUUAUGAUAUUGGUGUAAUGAGUGGAGCUAUCAUCUUCAUACAAAAGGACCUCAAAAUCAGUGACGUUCAAGCUGAAAUCGUUAUGGGUAUUCUGAACGUGUACUGUUUAGUGGGUUCAUGCGCCGCCGGUAGGACCUCCGAUUGGCUCGGCCGUCGUUACACUAUAGUCUUUGCCGGUGCCAUUUUCUUCGUGGGAGCACUCCUCAUGGGAUUCGCUACCAGCUACGCAUUCUUAAUGGUGGGUCGUUUCGUUGCCGGAAUCGGCGUCGGAUAUGCCCUCAUGAUUGCUCCCGUUUACACCGCCGAAGUCUCCCCCGCUUCCUCUCGUGGCUUCCUCACCUCAUUCCCCGAGGUGUUCAUCAAUGGCGGCAUAUUACUAGGAUAUGUUUCCAACUAUGCAUUUUCCAAGUUGAGAUUACACUUGGGGUGGCGGCUGAUGCUCGGCGUCGGAGCAAUACCAUCGGUUUUCUUGGCCGUCGGUGUUUUAGCGAUGCCCGAGUCGCCGCGUUGGCUGGUUAUGCAAGGGCGACUCGGCGAAGCCAAGAAAGUCCUCGACAAAACAUCGGACACCGUUGAAGAAGCUGAGCUUAGACUCAGUGACAUCAAAGCAGCAGCCGGAAUCCCACAAGACUGUACCGACGACAUCGUUCAUGUCCCAAAACAAUCCCACGGCGAAGGUGUAUGGAAAGAAUUACUUUUAUACCCCACACCCGCCGUUCGCCACAUAUUGCUUUGCGGCAUUGGUAUUCAUUUCUUCCAGCAAGCUUCCGGCAUAGACGCCGUCGUUUUAUACAGUCCGAGGAUUUUCGAGAAAGCCGGUAUCAAGUCGUCCGACCAUUUGCUACUGGCCACCGUAGCCGUCGGAUUCGUGAAAACGAUCUCCAUCUUGAUCGCUACCUUCUUACUCGACAGGAUCGGUCGGCGACCGUUGCUCCUCAGCAGCAUAAUCGGCAUGGUGGCGUCUUUGACAACGCUCGGAUUCUCGUUAACCAUCAUCGAUCAUUCCGACGAGAAAAUAACAUGGGCCAUCGUAUUAUGCAUCACGAUGGUGUUGGCUUACGUGGCGCUCUUCUCCGUUGGUAUGGGGCCCAUAACAUGGGUCUACAGCUCCGAGAUCUUCCCGUUGAGGCUACGCGCCCAAGGAGCGAGUAUGGGAGUGGCUGUAAACAGGGUGACCAGCGGUGUGAUAUCCAUGACUUUCAUUUCAUUGUACAAGGCAAUAUCUAUCGGCGGCGCGUUCUUCUUGUUUGCCGGGAUCGCGACGGCGGCGACCUUGUUUUUCUACACGUGUUAUCCGGAGACACAGGGGAAGACCCUGGAGGAAAUGGAAGGGCUUUUUGGUAAAUUCAUUGGGUGGAGGAAAGAGGCUAAGAAGCUCAAGGAAAUGAAGAAGAGGAAGGAAGUUAACGGUGGUGAUGGAACGAGUAAUGGUCAGAUUCAGUUAGGAAACACUGUUACUAAGUAAGGCUUUAGAUUAUGUGGCGAAGAAAAUAGCC